ACGAGCGGUGCCGCAAGCAAGUACUCCCGACGAUCGUCAUUCGUUUCUUGGCUCCGGUGACGAGAGCAUCGCGAUACCCGCCGCGAAACAUCCGAAACGUCGCCGACGUGUGCUCGCAAAGCUCGAAACUUUUCAGGUUUUUCAGUGCGUGACGUUCGAGUGCCACCCUCACGGUUCCGGGGUGCGUUGUGGCGUGUGCUGCGGUGGGACCGAGGCGACCUUGCCCAUGUGAAUUUUAUGGCACGAAACGCGGAACGGUGCAAUAAAUGAGGGAAAAAUGUAUGGAAGGAAGCAAAUGAGGCGGUUAGUCGCUCUCCUAAUCCUGAUAACGUGUUUCAUGUCAUCAGGUGGUGCAGAAAACAACUUAACAAUAGCAGAAGUUCCUGUGGAAGUUCCUAUAACAACAGACGAUGAUUCCGAACAGGAAUUAUCCUCGCAGCUGCAAGAAGUCGACGGCAGAUCCGGAGGCUGGUCUUCCUGGUCUGAGUGGUCUGCGUGCUCGAGAUCGUGCGAUGGGGGUGUCUCGCACCAAUUAAGGACCUGCAAACCAGGAUCCUGUCGAGGCGACCAUGUCAGAUAUAAAAUAUGCAACAUGCAGUCGUGCCCAGAGGCUCACGAAUUCCGCGAGGUCCAGUGCUCAGCAUACAACAGCAUUCCCUACCAGGGAAAUCUUUACGAGUGGUCAGCACAUUACAAUGACUCGAACCCGUGCGCUCUUACCUGCAAAGGCAAGCCGAUUAGCGAGUCAAGUAAUGAGGAUCCUGUGCUUGUUGUGGUAAAGCUUGCAGAUAAAGUUCAUGACGGAACUAGAUGCAGACUGGGAAGUCUGGACAUGUGUAUCGAUGGAGAAUGUCAGAGAGUGGGGUGUGAUCUGAGGAUUGGCUCGACGAGACAAGUGGAUGAAUGUGGAGUUUGUGGCGGAGAUGGAUCGUCAUGUUCGAGGCCUUUGUACCACUGGACUCUGACGUAUAUGUCGUUGUGCUCGGUGACAUGUGGCGGGGGCUACAAAAUGUCACGUCCCUUAUGUCAGAACCGGGUGACUGGAGAGGAAGUUGAGGAAGAACUUUGUAACGAGUCACAAAAGCCCGAUUCGACGAUAGUCGAGUGUAACACCCAUAACUGCCCUCCCAAGUGGCACAUGGGUGAGUGGGGCCCGUGCUCAGUGAGCUGUGGUGGAGGGUCAAGACUUCGGCAAGUUUAUUGCGUGGAAGAAGCCAACAGUACUAAAAUUAGGGUUAAUGAUCAGAAGUGCACCGGACACAAGCCGUGGUUUCAGGAAGCCUGCAAUCGAAUGGAUUGUCCGGCCUGGAUUGCAUCGUCCUGGUCAGGAUGCUCGGUGUCUUGCGGGGAAGGCACGCAAGUGAGGGUGGUUGAAUGCCGAGAUUCCGCAGACAAGCCCAGCACAUUGUGCCCUCAGAAACUUAAGCCUAUUGACAGCAAGCCCUGUUCGACGGGCAUUCAGUGUCCGCAUCACAUAGAUGCCAGCGAGGAGUUUUUGCCCGGCCUCUAUCACACUCAACCUUUGGUCCAGCCGUACCCUCCGCCGCCCCCAGCUCAUGCCGAACGACUCGUCGGGGAGCAGGUUGUGCCCUCGGAAAGCACCGAUUUCAGAGUGUUCUUUGCCUGCGGUUGGGUAUAUGUGAGAUUUGUUCCCGACGAGUGGGGCCCUUGCAGCGUGACUUGCGGCGAAGGCGUCCGCAAACGUCAAGUCCACUGCAAGAUCUUCCUCGAAUUUUCAAGAACUAUCGCCAAACUCCCAGACAAACAGUGUACCGGUCCUAAACCAAUAGAGACAGAAAAAUGCUACAUGGAACCAUGCUCAGCCGAACGCAUCGGGGUCGAUAUUAAAGACGACCCCUAUCGAUCGGACAUCAAAGUCGCCGGGGGCUUCCCCGGAAAGUCCUACUCGUGGAAGGAGCAAGGCUACACCCACUGCAGCGCCACGUGUCUCGGAGGCGUCCAAGAGCUGAUAGUCAACUGUGUCCGCGACGACACGCAGAAAGUCACCUCCCCGUACUUGUGCCCCAUCGAGCUCAAGCCCGAAAUACUCAUGAGGACGUGCAACGACCACCCGUGCCCCCCUCGGUGGAACUACUCCGAUUUUUCGACUUGUUCGCAAAGCUGCGGCAUCGGGAUUCAGACCAGGGAGGUCAACUGCAUUCACGAGGUGACCCAAGGCGGGGGCAACACUGUAAUAGUCCCGAAUAACAUGUGCCCGCAACCGCCGCCCCCAGACCGGCAGUAUUGCAACGUCCUGGACUGCCCAGUCAGGUGGAAAGUGUCGGAAUGGUCCAGGUGUAGCAAGCCAUGUGGCGGUGGUGAAAAAAUCAGGAAAGUGGAGUGUAAGCAAGUCAUGGCCCAAAACCACACAGUGGACAGAUCACCCGAGCUGUGCCCCAGUCCCAAGCCACCCGACCGGAAGCCUUGUAACACCAAAAGUUGCAUCAUUGAAAGUGACAAGCCCCACAUUGACGUUUCAAACAGUUCGUUCAUUCAGCACGAUUUCAAGAAGAAGAAAAUUGCGUUGAAAGUCGGAGGCUCAGCUACUGUUUUUAUUGGAACCACGGUUAAAAUCAAAUGCCCGGUCAAGAGAUUCAACCGCACGAAAAUCCAGUGGGUCAAAGACAAGAACUUCCUGCCCAAGUCCAAGAAAUACAAGACGUCCAAGAAGGGGGCCUUGCGGGUGCAAAAUCUGACGCUCCGCGACAGCGGCCGCUACACUUGCGUGGCAGGCCGUUCCUCCGCCAGUAUCCAAAUUUCCGUUCGCCCCAAACCCGGCGAAUUCCUCACAUCCGAGGAGAUCCAGAAGCAGGGCAAGCCCGACCGCAGCGAGCUAAUAUCCGACGUGUACGUCAACAGAGAGGACACGAGUCCAAUUUUCAGCAGCGACGAUCACUCGCACGAGCAAAGGCCCGACGUCGUGAGAAAGAAGCCGACGCCCAAGACACGGAUAUUGGCGCCCACGCUGCCCGCCCUCAACUCGAACAACCUGAACGCUUACUUGCCGCAGAGCACGACGCUGCACCCGGACAACGUGCAUGAUGAAGUGCUGCCGACGCUCUCGCCGGCAAGCUCUUCCGAAUCGCUGAAACCGUUUUAUGAGAAUUCGGCUAGUUCGGCGGGACGAAUCAUGCCGCAUUUUCAAAGACUUUUAACCAAUUUGCAGCAAUUGUGGCCCUUCCAGACAUUCAGCAACUCGCGAGGCCAUCGCAUGGUGGCCUUCCCGGAGGAGUCCUUCCAGGAGAACUCGUUCGCGCCGCCAACGACCGAAGACGAAUUCGGUUCGGUCGUAGUUCUGGGUAAAGGAACUCCGGAAAACUUAAAAUUCGAAUGGGUCAUUUCCGAUUGGUCGAAAUGCUCGCAAACCUGCGGCGGAAAUGGCUUUCAGAUGAGGGCAAUUCGUUGCAUUGUUCGACUACAUAAUACGACACACGGCGUCGAUCAUAACUUUUGCGAGGACGCUGGCAUGCCAAUUCCAGCGACGGAACGAAAAUGCGGACUGAACGACUGUCCCAGAUGGGUGACUUCCGAAUGGACGCCCUGCGACAAGUCCAAGUGCUUCGAUUGGCACACAGCAAUGCAGAGGAGAUUGGUCAAGUGCCAGAUUGAAGGGAAUGUCACGGUGGCGGAGUCCAAGUGCAACGAAGAGGAUAAGCCGACGCACAGGCAGGAGUGCGCCAACGAGAGGUGUGUGGGCAAGUGGAAGCUCGGAGCUUGGUCAGAAUGCUCUGCGGAUUGCGAAAUGCAAGGAUUCAAGUACAGAAUCCUGCAAUGUGUUUGGUAUGGCACGAAAAAACCUGCAGGGACUGCCUGUAAAGACCUUCCCCGUCCUCCAGUCAUGAAGACUUGUAAAGGACCUCCGUGCUCCAAAUCAGAGUCGCAAUGCAAAGACCACUCUAUGUUUUGUUCGAACGUGAAAACGAUGAACAUGUGCAAAAUAACGAGGUACCAACAGCAAUGCUGCAAGACGUGCAAGGCCGGUUAGAGUUCGAAGAGUCUCCGAAAAGGCUUAAAUUAAUAUUUUGAGACGGUGGAGUUAUGUUGUGUGGGCAAAGCCAAGUGUGAAGUGUGUUCAAAAGUGACUUAUAUCAUCUAUUAAAUCUCUUGGACAAGUGCUGCACUUAGCAAUAGUAGAAGAUAGGAAAUACGUUUGAAUCUCAGCUUGUGCUGAUCUGAUGUAUAUUAAUGUACUCGUCGUGUUCAGUGGCGAAUUUUUGCCCUUUGAUGGAUGUUUUUGUGAGAGGGUAAAAAUCGCGAGUGAGAACGACACAUUCAAGACUGAUGUUUUUUGUUACAAUUUAUUUGUUGGAUACUAUAUACAUCCCAUGACAUUCCAUUAUUACCGGUAUUAAAUAUUAGGUCCGUCGUAACAUGCAACGGUUUCAAAGGUAGUUAAGUAUAAAAUUUUGUUUUUCGUGUAACCGACCAGAAAUUUUUGGGUUAUUGCAUACUUAAACCUCAACACGUACCUGCUUUUAUUAUUCUGUAAUAAUACAUGUAUUUUUGUAUUAUUGGCAACAAAGCGAUGCGAAAUUUAUUUUCUAAAGACGCGGCAUAAAGACAUGCAAUAAAGUCGAAGUAUCUAAAGAAACUAGAGAAGUAACGUCCAAAAGGGAUAAAUGGGUCAACUAUUUUACUAGGAAAAUUAGGUCUAGGUAGUUAAGUUUUGCGUUCUUUCGUUCAGAGUUACCACCGAUUUUUUCGUUUAGGUGUUCACUUAAUGUCAUUAUUUGUCAGUAUUUCACAGUAGAUGGACUUAGUCAAUUGUAUCAUAAGUAAACAAGUUGUACAUAUUGUUUUACACGAGGAUAGUUUUGUAAAUAAUAUUCCAUAACUUAUUGUCUGGUUAAGUUUAACUGUGUUUGGAGCCGAAGAAUUUGUAAAAAUGAACAAAGGAAUGAUGCCAUGUAAAUUGUAAAAAGAUAAACGAAUUAUUUAAUUAUCGAUAGUCAAAUAUUGUUAACGAUUGCCUAAGAGUAUAUACAGCUUAUGUUAAACAAUGUUAUUGAUUAUAUUAUCAUAACACUGUAGUAUUGUAAAUUAAAAUAAUGAUUGUCAAUGAUGACGGUGAUCGAAAUUUAUUAGCAGAAACGCUCGUUUCCAGUGGCAUAUCUAGGAUUAAAUCCACUUCUGCCCCUUCCGAUACGCCACUGCUUACGUUUAGCUAAAGUUCAAGAGUUAUAUUUCAAAUAUUAACUACCACUAUAAUAAAAUAGGAUUCAGUGGAGAAAUUUAUAGCAAUUUUUAUUGUUACUAUUAUUAUCGUAUUAUCUCUUAGGUUAGUUAUUCAUUUGUAUUCCUUACGUAAUCAUUCCAUUUUAAAUUUUCCCAAGGAAUCUACUUAAAACGUUGCUUUUAAACUAAAAUUUAAAACAUUGUUUGUGCGAAAAUGACGAAUAAAGUUUUUUCUUUUAA